GCUAACAAAAGCUAUUAACAUGUUCCAUGGUCUAUUCAGAUAUACUGCCAGGGUGGCAUAAAUAUUCGAACAUAGAUGAAAAAAAAAGAGAAAGGUGACCCACUAUUUUCUGUACUACGAAAAACCCGGCGACAGCAUUGUGCCUCCUUCUACACCUUUGUAGGUGUGAAUGAAAAUCUCUGAACUGACGAGGAACGAGUUUACGUUCGGCGCAUGGAUAUAUGAUAAGCACAAUUUACAAAUGAAGGUCUUUUAGUCUUUUACAGCUGACAGAGUCACAGACAAGUUCGGAAUUAAUCCACACCCGUGAAGAAAACUGGAAUUAUUUUUAACAUUAUCAGCAACAGGCCAGCUUUUCUUCUUGGUUUCCUUAAGGCUUCAAAUGACAUUUUCUUAAUUUCCAAGAACUACUUUAGCGGCGAACAUUCGUAAAGAUGACUGGAAUAAGUCAAAUACAUUUUGGCUGAUAAAAUCACCGGAGGAAGUCUCAUCUUGACAAGUUAUUUGCCUAAGAUUUGGUAAAGUAUAAUAAUUUGAAAGUCCCACGGUUCUAUAGUUAUGUCACAGCCGAAAAAGACUCGAAAGACGCGCUCGAGAUCGUCGCGCGGGAAAACAACUCGCGACGAAUCUCGCUUUGGCAUUCGUUAUUUACAUCAUCAUAUGUUCGCGGGAGACACGCCUGGUGAUCAACAACUCUGCCCGUAUGAGUGCAAAUGCGGCGCGUCGAUGUCUUCAAUUUACAGCAGAAAGACGCUGACUCUGCUCGUAAUUUCAAUUCUUGUUCUUCUGAUCGGCGUUACAUUUAUGCUGGUCGGCUACCUGAUUCCUCGAAGAUCAGUUGUUUACUUGGAGAAAAGCGAUGGUACUCGAACGAUAGUGGAUGAAACUGCCAUUUCGUUCAACACACUGUUGGACGAUUUCACUCUGGUUGGAACAGCACUGGUACCGCUAGGAGCUUUAUUAUUCUGUGUCAUACUAAUCGUACCACUCUGUAGUUCGUCUUCGGUUCAGAAGAAAGGGCAAUAUUUCAAAGCACCAACUGAGGACGCGGCUUCCUCGGUGACGAAGACCAAAACUCCGGAAACUGUGUCAGUCGCUUCAGAGGACGGUCGCUCACUGAGCAGCGCUUCAUCUCAAUCAACGAUUCAAAAAAUUCCUGUUCUAGCUCUCGUCCACAACGUUCAACCGGAGCAAAAAUCUAAUAGUACUGGGUCUUCUGUGGGUAAAGGCAGAGAUUACAGAAAGAAAACUGGCAAGUUUAAGGACUCAUUUGACGAGGAAGAAGAGGAGGAAUAAUUUAGCCUAAAAAAAUACAACCUGAAUUUCCUGUCUUAAAAAAUUGGCUGUAUAUUAUUCUUAUGAUUUAAUUUUGUUAAAUUCUGAGGAUUGAUUUUUAUGUUUUUCACCAUUAUCGCUGUUGUAAGUUUGUAUAAUUUUCAACAGAAAACGAAUUUAAUGAUCCUUGAGUGUCGAAUCCAAAUUCUCACCCUUAGCCGGUACACUACAAAUUAAGAUCACAAAUGAAAUGAAUUUCCAUAUUUUUGUACGAAAAAAGAAAACAUACCGGCAUCUCCCAAUUAACAUAGUUAUUUAAAUUUCCGCUUAAGGAGAAAGCUGGGUUUGUAUCGGAAGGGAAGCGAAGGAUGGAAGAGUGUCACAAUAUUUGCUCGGGAAAAUGAAAACUGUCGAAAGACAAGGAAGCUGGGAGAGGGUGUAUUCACCAGUGUCAAUAAAGAGGAUUUAAAUCAUU